UUUCUCCGUAUAUAGUCGUACCUUCCGGUAAGCGGAUAAAGGGAAGUUUAUUAUCAGUAACUUCGGUUACUUAAUUACUGUCUUCGUUUUACUUAAUUUUUCGCAAUGGCUAUUGGUGAUCUUAAAACUGAUAAGGGUAUUAAAGAUUUAAAUUCCUAUUUAGCAGAGCGUAGUUAUAUCGAAGGGUGGCAACCCACUCAAGCAGAUGUAGUAGUUCUCGAAGCUUUAGGAAAAACCCCAACGUCUUCGAAUCCUCAUGUAUUAAGAUGGUAUAAUCACAUCAAAUCAUACGAUUUAAAGACACUUCCAGGAGAAAAGAAAGCACCUGUUAUCUUAAGUGGCAAUAAUUCUACUAACGUGGUAGCAGCUAAAACCGAAGAAGAUGAUGAAGAUGUGGACCUCUUUGGGUCAGACGAGGAGGAAGAUGCUGAAGCUGUACGACUUAGGGAGGAAAGAUUAAAGGCAUAUGAGGAGAAAAAAUCUAAAAAGCCAGGACCAAUUGCGAAAUCUAGUGUUGUAUUAGAUGUUAAACCAUGGGAUGAUGAAACUGACAUGGAAGGAAUGGAAAAAGUUGUGAGAUCUAUUCAAAUGGAUGGCCUAGUUUGGGGAGCAUCUAAAUUAGUUGCAGUGGGCUAUGGCAUUAAUAAAUUCAGGAUAAUGUGCGUCAUAGAAGAUGAUAAGGUGUCUGUAGAUUGGCUGAUAGAACAAAUAGAAAGUUUCGAAGAGUUUGUUCAGUCUGUGGACAUUGAAUCGUUCAAUAAACUAUAAAUGAUUGUUUUUGACUAUUAUCUUUAAUGUAAACUUAAUAAAUAAUAAUCACUGUUUGUAUAUAUAAUUUGUUAUUUUAUAAGAAAAAUUAAUAUUGCAAAUUUCAGUGGUAAUAUAUUAGCAAAAGAUUCAAUUAAAGUAUUUAUUUUCAUCAUA